UUAGAAAUUCGCUCCGCCAUAAACAGGUUCUGCACCGAGCUCUUCCUGAAUACUUGCCGCCGAAUAAAGUUGCAGAAGCUAAGCGAAACAGAAUUAGUUAUCAGUGAAAUUAGCUGAUUGUGAAAAGGAAACAAUAAAAACGCUUCUACUGGUAUGGAAGGCAGUAGUUUUGCAAAGGAGCUUUAUUCUGACAGUUUGAAAUUGUCAAAAUUAGAAUUGGAUGUCUCUGGUGGAGAUGAUCAUGAUUUACAGGGUGGAGAUGGAUCAUUUUGGGGCGAUUCUGAUGAGGAAUUUAAUAAAUCAUCUGAUUUAGAUAGGGAAUGGGAGAGGAGGCGCGAUCAAUUUUAUAAUGUCGGAUACCGUGAUGGUCUUUCUGCAGGUAAAGAAAGUAUUGCACAAGAAGGUUUUAAUAUUGGUUUCAAACGAUCUGCUCUUGUUGGAUUUGAUUGGGGUCUUGUUAGAGGUGUUUCUAGUGCAUUUGCCUGUCUUCCGGAAGAAUUGAAAGCGAGUCUGAUUGAAACACAAGAAAAGAGAAAGAAAUUCCAGGAAUUGUAUGAUACUGUACAUUCUAUUUCCACAGCUGAUGCACUCAAAUCAUUUCAUGACGAUUUAGUGACAAAGGAAGCAGCAGAACACAUUGAAAAUUCCAAGUCUUGUUCUGAUACAACAAGCUUGGAAAACAAAAUUUCAGACUUCAAUUUAGGGAAUUAUGCAGGAGAGCUUCAACAACUUCUUCUUGAAUCUCCUGCAAUUGACUCUCAUUUAUCAGUAAAAUUUUUUUUUCAAGAUUCUGUUAUGUUGCAGCCGCUUUGAUAUGCGCUUGGAAUCAAUUGGGAUAUUGUAUAUUACACUUUUCUCGAUGAUGUAGCUUGGGAUAGAAUUCAUUGUAGCAUUUCAGUUCAUACAAAAAACUUCAGGAAUUGUAUAUGCUACUAACUUUUGAAUGUUCCACAAGUAAUGACCUUAUGUUCCAUA